AUGCCGGGCGGCUCCACGGCGCCGAGCUCCGCCAAUGGGCGCGGCCGGGCGAAAAGAGAAACAGUGCGGGCUGCAGGCCGCAGGAUUCGAAUCGAACGUCCGCACCGGAGCCGGGCGCAGGCCGAGCGGCGCGGGCCAAUCAGCGGCGGCGGCUCGCGGCCCCCGAACCAGAUGUGCACCCCCAGCAACACACCUGCCACGCCGCCCAACUUUCCUGAUGCACUGGCCAUGUUCUCCAAGCUUCGUGCCUCGGAGGGCUUGCAGAGCGGCAACGGCCCCAUGACGGCCGUGGCCUGCUCCCCCCCUGCAAACUUCAGCCCCUUCUGGGCCUCGUCCCCCCCUGGCCACCAGGCCGCUUGGAUCCCACCCUCCUCGCCCACGGCCCACAGCUUCCACCACCUGCACCACCCACAGCCCACGUGGCCCCCCGGAGCACAGCAGGGGGGCUCCCAGCAGAAAGCCAUGGCCGCCAUGGAUGGCCAGAGAUGA